GGAAAGCGUCCCAGCCCUACUGGACAGUGGCGCGGACCAGAGCUUGAUCGCGGCCAGCUCAGCGGGGGAGUUGGGUCUGCCAUGCACCAAGGAGCAUGGUUGGGUGAAGGUCGUCGAUCAGCCUUUGCAGCCCAUCCAUGGCGUGGCACGAGGGGUGCCAGUGCAAAUAGGCUCAUGGUCGGGGGAGAUCGACCUACAUGUGGUGCCCAUGAAGGACUUCAAGAUGGUGCUGGGUCGUGACUUCAUCACUCGAAUGCUGCCAUUCACUUUCAUGAGGGACGGGAGCAUACUCUUUGAGGACAGGGGUGUUCGCUACGAGGUGCCACUAGAGCGGCUACCAACGGAGCAAACAGUCCUUGCAGCCAUGGAGGUGUCAGGGGGCAGUGAGCGGGAACACGGCCAGACAGUGGAGUCCAAGAGCGGGAAGGCUAGAGGCACGGCACACUCUGAACGCAACUUGCAGCGGAAGCGAGGUGGGCACGCGGCACAGACUUGCGGCAACUCGCGAAGGGGACCGAGGCACUCGACACGAGCGGCCUUGACGAGGGCGUCAAGGGCUUUGGUGGGGGAGAGUGUCACGGAGCGCGAGCUCGAGGGCCCAAGUCAAGGCCAUCGUGGCACAGGGCAGCAGCCAUGGCACCCACAGGCGCGCGAGCACGGGCACAGACGCGGGCUGGAGCAUGGCAUGGAACGCCCAAGAGGCGGGCCUGGCAUGAGUUCGCAGCGUCCACGCCAAGGCCGUGGCACGAAGUCGCGGUUGAGCCAUGCUGGGGCAUGUUGGAGCUGUCCAAGAAGCUGCUGGGCGCGGGAACAGUACGCGCGGAGGAACAGUACCCGCGCAGGAACAGUGCCAGACAAGGGGGUCUGGAAUGGGCUUAAUGGGGCAAGCCCAACCUGGGGGUUUCUCCUGGGCCUUGUAGAUAAUUCUAGAAUAGAGGAUUCUAGAAUAAUGUAGGCUUAGGAGGGAGGGUUGAGGAUAUUCUAGUAAUUGUACAAAUGAGGGAAUUGUGUGGAGUGUUCUAGAACCUCACCUGCAGAGGGCUCUUGGGCCUGACCUCCUCUAUAAAUAGGAGUGGCCUUAGUAGAGGAGAUCAGAUGGAGAGCUGGAGAGUUAGAGAGUGAGUGAGCUGCUAGGUGAGAGUGAGUGCAGAGAGGGGCUUUGUACUCAAGUUCUUGUACACUCCCUUGCGAUUUAAUAAAUUCUCUUCUUCUCCCAACUUCCUUCCUUCUUGUUUCGUUGCUAACCUCAAGCCCAGUAAGAGGGCCACGCCAGUGUUGGGGAAAGGCUAACUUGGUUCGGGUUUACGGGGUUAAUUCCGAGCUAAGUGCCGCACGAGGUCGAGCUAGAUUCCGCCUCCGAGGCAAGGGCCAUCGGAGCUAGUCU